UCAAGCGAAGAGUCGGCCAUGAUCCAGGCGCAGCGCAUUCAAGAGACAUCUGAAUUUUAGGGCGGCAGGUUGAACCCACAACCGGAGCGCUCCUUCAUUCGGCGUGCUUGAAGACGUUGCAACGCUAGAAAUUUGGUGCUAGGAUCCCAGCCAUAGUGGCCACCCUGGCCACACCGUAUAUCAGACCCGGCGUGUGAUCUAUAAACGUUGCUUGUCAUAGCUGACCGCCCUCUUAGCGCUAUAUAGCCUUUUGAAUCGGGGCAUAUGCUCGCAGACAGGGGCUUUUGUAUAUCCGCGCCUACAAGUAAUAAAAGGAGAUCUACAAGUAGAAGGAGAUGGGGGAAAGCACGCCUUGAGAAAGUUCUGCCAUGCAUCCGCGCAGCCCUUACGCUCGCCCGGACUUUCAUCCCAACUUUGAAGAGCUUGCCAAAAAGUACCCAGAGCUUGAGCCCUUAGUUGCUAAGGGCAAGGCUCGUGGCAGUGCGAUUGACUACAAGGACCCCGCUGCCCUGAGAUGCUUGACGACGGUGCUACUGCGUCACGACUUCAGCCUGCACGUCGAACUUCGAAGCGACAGGCUUUGUCCACCCGUUCCAAAUAGGCUCAAUUACAUUCUCUGGCUGCAAGACCUGCUGAAGGAACAGCAGCGUAUCCUGGGUGUACUGCGCAUCCUACUCUCAGCCGUCGACGCAUCGUUGUCGCCCCCGUCGGCAAAGGCCAAUGACGUGGCGCAGGGGGCAGAGCAUACAGGAUGCCGACUGCCAGCUUGCAAGCGACUCCGUAUGGAGGGUCCCGCGGCGCCUGCUGAGCAGACGCAACAUACCCUAGGCCUCGACAUCGGCACGGGCGCCUCACUGAUCUAUCCAUUGCUCGGCUGCGCAUCAGAUGCGAGCUGGUCGUUUGUAGCGACGGACACCGACGCCGUGUCCAUGAGUCAUGCCCGCGCUACGCUCGCCAGUGCAGACUUGUUGACGCCGAUUCGCAACUUCCCGGAGCGUAUUGUGAUCCUGCAACGGGAGCACAAAGAUACAGCUCUCAUUCCAUCUGCGGAUGAGCUGCUUGCAAUUGCACCGCCAUCGGAUGGCGCAAACGAGGAGACAGCACGGCGGUCACUCGGACCGCUCGCCUCACGCCUCGGUGCCACCGCAGCGAGCUCCACCUCGUCGAGCAGAGCCUCCGAUCGCGACGACGUGUACGACUUUACCAUGUGCAAUCCGCCCUUCUAUGGCAGCCUUGCCGAGAUGCGUGAGUCGGCGUCGUUCAAAAUGGCCGGGCCUAGUGCCGCAUGCACGGGCAGCGAGCAGGAGAUGCUCACGCCUGGAGGCGAAGCGGCUUUUGUAGGGAAGAUGAUCGAGGAGAGCAUAAAGCUCCACCGCAUGCGACAGACAGUGGUCGCAGUGGAGACGAACAAGUCAAUGGGUGCGUGGACGUGCAGGAGGACAUGGUACACCAGCAUGCUCGGGCUGCGGAAAAGCGUGACCGAGGUGGUGCAAAAGCUCAAGGUGCAUAAGAUCGACAAUUACCUCGUCACAGAACUGCUGCAAGGCGAGACGAAGCGUUGGGUGAUAGCCUGGUCUUUCACAUACCUGCGUCUGGACCCGCUCUCCCUCGGAUUGAGCCCAUCCUCGUGCACGGCCUUCGCGAGCAUCCUCCCGCCUUUUCCCCGCCGCGACGCUAUCAUCCGAUGGGCGUGCGAAAGACGGGGCGGCUCCCACGGUAUGGCGUCUGGCACGGUGCAUGAUGGUGACAGCAAGCGAAUCAGACAGCUGGACGAUAUACUCGCGUCGCUCUAUGGCGCUGUCCACAUGCGCCGAUCUGUAAGGCCAGCGGCAGAUGCAGAUCAAAUCGGCCCGACUUGGCACGUCGCCGAAGCAGGCUCAAGCUCAAGCGCGUAA